CGGUAGCCAUGAAACUAACGAAACCACAAUCGUCACAUUUGGUAACCCACGAAACGAUUAUAACGCCUGCCCUCGUCACGCGGCAGGCGUUACCGCUCAGCGCCGCUUCCGUUUUUGGGCCGCUUCGCUCCUGUCACACACGUCACCUGGUGAAGCGACGCCUUAGAAAAAGCUCGCACACCCCAAAAAAGCUCUCGUUUCUCGAACGGACGCGCUCAUUCCGUCUCGCUUGCGCCAAUGAAGCGCAAACGGCGUCGUGCGAGUGAGAUGGCCAUCGGUCACAGUGCGGCUGACGAAAUAAUCCCCCUGGUGAGCAGAAAGAAGUGUAGAAUCGUCAUACUCGUGUGAGAUCAGUCCAUCGGAUAGGACGUAGAAGCUGCGCAUUUUUUCCGAUAGUUCUGUGAAUUUGUGAAAAAUUUCCUGUUCUGCGGCAGAAUUUGGGGCGUUUCGAGUGGAUUAAUCCACGAAUUGAACCGCGUGGAUGCUGAUCAAGGUGUGUGAAAGCGUUGAAACCGAAGUGCUACUGCGUAAAUGAUCCAAGUGUGCGGUGAUGAAAAUCUAUUUCGAAUGCGAAAUGCGCUUCCUGCUUCUUGGCUAGGGCUUUUUUUUCGUUCGCCGUCUCCCGUGAGACGAAAAAGGCGUGAGUUUGUGAAGCGUGAAUCUUUCUUCGGUGAGAAGUGACCGUCGUGUGGAUGCAGUGUAGUGAAAAAGAGGAGGAAAAUUGUAAUCCAUUGCAAAGCUGAGGCCGCUUUUAGUUACUCUUUAUUCAGAGCCAGCAUUGCGCGAAGGGAAGCAAAUUGGAACCCUGUGAGUUUCGGGACAAACAGCAGCCGGAAUCGAUUUGGAUGGUUUUUGGGCCAGUCGGAAGCAGAAUUGCAGCGAAGAAAGUGCUUCAAUUUCUUGCAUAAUUCAACGAGAAUAUUCGUUUCGUCGGUAAGUGAUUGGGAACAAGAAAAAAGCUCCCGUUUUGAUGGUGCCCACUUUUAUGGGAUAGGAAAAUCGAAGUUUUCAACCGCAAAGAACCGACGGGAAAAAGAUUUUUUGUCGUGUGUGAGAAAGAAGAGACGUGUUAGCAGCAGCAGCAGGCUUCGCACUUCACAACCGUCGUUCAAAAGUGUUGGUGAGGGCCGAAGUGUUCCACGCCGAUUGAAAGUGUGUGCGUGCGUUGCGUUUGGUCCACCGCCGGAUCGUCGUCACCGGAUCAUCCGUCACAUGGGAUCAACCCACGAACAUCACGCUGCUGCAACUCGACACUUCUCGGUCCAUCGGUAGCAAUAAGCUACUAAACCCCCCUCUCUAGCCUCAAGUGAAGAUUAGAUUCGAGACGACCAACGUCAAGUGAAAUUAUUGCACAAGUGCGCGCGCGGUUACCCCUGCUGUAUCAUCUCACGAGAAGGCGCUAAACGUGCUGAGCCGGCUUUUUUCUGGUUUUGGAAACCGGCGGCGCCCUGCACCAAGCGACGCCGUCCCAGUUCCCUCGUGUGGAUGUGUGUUUGUAGUGAUUCGAGUGGUUGAAGAAUAAUAAUAAUAAUAGUAGGAAGAGCCGCAGAAAGUUUAAGAGUGUGCGAUCGUUUCGGUUUCAAGCCGGUCAAUAAAAAGCAAAGUAAAAGUGAAAUACAAAACUCGCCCCAUCGACGACUAGCAUUGUGUGGCACAUUGUUGUUUUUAAGCGGGUGAGGAAAACCAAGAAGAAGAGGAAGAUUAAGCCGGCUGGUGUGCUGCGGUGUGUUAUGUGAGUUACAUUUGCACUUGUUUUGGGGGGUGUACGUAUGCGUGAAUGGGACUGGCUGGCGCAGUAACGAAAGCGUUAAUCCAAAGUCCCAAUGAGGAAAUGGCUCCAGCUCUUACCGAGCCGUUGAGUCAAAGUAAACUCUCGUCGUCGGCAGCAUCGGGUGCAUCGCCCCGUACAGAGGUUGAGACCACCACAAGCACACAACAGGAAGUUCCCAGUAGUGCCAGCACGGAUUCCGGAGCUGGCACAGCAUCAACCAACCCCAGUGAAACGGACGUUACCUUGAGAGAUACCACAUCUUCCUCCGGAUUAGACCAAACGGUGGACGACAUCCAGAACAACAACAGCAGCGGAGGCCAAUUGUUGAAGAUUGAUCCUGAAAGUGGAAAGGAUCUCAUUGAGCUUGCUCUUGAGCAGCUCCAUCGAGAUGUGAGCCAAGGGGAGACGGCGGUUGCUGACGGAGCUACCGCUAGUGGUAGCGCAGAUACCGAUGCAUUUAUAACUCAGGCUGUGAUUGAACAGAUGGCCCACGCCGAUAUAGUCACCGGUGAGCAAGUCGGACCCGCCGAUCCGCAGUCCGACCUGCAACAGUUAGAUUCCCAGUCGUCCCUCGUUUCCAGCACCAGUACUGCGAUGGGUUUGCAGAAAGAUUACCUCAAAGAUAAUCCUGACAUGGAGCAAAUGCUGGGUGAGUUGGCGUCCACGUCGGACAUGGAACUCCUCCAGGUGUUCAAAAGCUUGGAAGGCAAUCCGAGUGGCGAUGGUUUGUGUGCCGAACUUGCAGGUGGCUUAUCGCUCUUCAAUGACGUAGACGUCGGCAACAUUUACGAGGAAGUCGCCCAGUCAACACCUCCAAAUAAAGACCGCGAACGAAUGGAGUUGCAUGCCGAUAUCGUAAAGCGGCAGGCCCAAAUGCAGCGUAAAUACGAUUUCCUAAUCCGGCGUCUUAACAAACUCCAAGCGCGAUACAUGGGCCAGCACGUGAGUGAAGAAAUAGCCGGCCUCUUUGAGUAUUCUCAACGCUACUGGAAGAAAAAGGACAAAGAACAUACCAAAGGCCUAAACACGGGAUCUUCCUCAGCAUCUCCGACGCCGUUGAUCCCGGACAUAAUUCCCUACCAACCUCCGCCACCUUCGCUCGCUGAGAAAGCGAAACCCAUCUCGGCCAAUGCGAUGAAAACGUUCGUCAAGCGCUUGGAAGGAAUCGCCACCACGCAGUGCUCGACGCAAACCAAACGCAUCUACGGUAAUCGAUACUUUCAAGGAACGGCCAGUAGUCCACCGGAUGCGAUGGCGGCCACCACCUACACGACCCUGUCGACGACGAUCCCCAAGUACGAAGAUUUAACCAUUGAUCAGCUGGAGCAGACGGCCGGGCUGCUGCACUCGGAACUGAAACAGGUGCAGUGUACGAUCGACUCGGAAGCAACGGCCAGCAGCUCCGGUGGGGAAUCGGCCGACGAGAUGGUGAUGUACAACAACAUGAACCAGCAGCCGUUGGGAAUAGCCAAGCGAGCGGCGUGGCGAUGGGCCAAGGAUCGUGCUUCGGUGGCAGCUCGGUGGACCUGGCUGUUGGCACAGAUUUCCGACCUCGAGUAUCGCAUCCGGCAGCACAACGAACUGCACAACAAAAUCAAAGUGAACAAAGGAGCAGUUACGCUGGAAGAUGCAUCAUCCAUCCCGUCUACUCAACCUCCCUCACAGCAGUCGGUCAACGGAUACCGGGGCACUCUUCCCGGUAACAGCAAACCGUUGGACGACAGCUACGAUGCCAUCGCAAUGGGCAACACCGGCCAUAACGGAGCGUACGAUCAAAGCGGUGGUUCCUGUCGAACGAGAGCCUUCCAUCGGAAUGGGUUCCGAAAGCGGAAACUACUGCAGACUGCAAAUCUGCACACAAUUUCCAAGAAGGCUGCUCGACCUAGUACUGUGAAAUGUGGCUGUGCGUGGCCGUUACACCCGUGUGCGUUGUGUACCGGCCGACAAGAUCCUACUGCUCCACGAGAUCUACCUGACACGAUGCCGGCGUCGGAUAGGGUGGCACUACUAGACCCCUGUUUCCACCCGGUGUUAAGUUUCCCUGAAGACGUCUCCCACAGCAUACACUUCGAGGCGAUCAUGCGGAUACCGGAGUGGCAGAACAAAAUGAUUCGCUGUACGGCGAAAUCGAUCAGUAAAAGCAUCGCCCAGAAGGCAGGAUUCACCUCGACCGGUUCGUCUCCGCCCUGUGGCAUCCUACCUUCCAGUGCCACCCCGUCGUUCCUGUCGUCGGGUGACGAGGCCGCACCAUCAUCGCUAUCCGUCGGGGGUAACAAGAAGUACGGUCCGGACGGCAAGCGGAAGUACAACAAACACAAACUCGCCGACAGCAGCUCCCUGGAGCAGCCGAAUCACAAACUCAAAAAAUCGAAAUCUCGACAAAAUCUCUUGCUGGCCAGCGGUGGUGGUGGCGGCGGCAGUCGAAAGACCUCUUCCGGUGGUUAUCCGCCCAGUGGCAGUAGCCAGUACGGCAUCUCUAGUGGAUACGGUGCCACUCCAGGCGGCAGCUCGAACAAGUACUACAAAAGCUCCAGCAGCAAGUACCGGAAAUCGUCGCACUCCUCAACGACGAUGCCCGGCGUCGGAGGUCACAGUCGGUACAACAGUGGCGGCUAUGACUACAUGGACCCCACCGGAAUGCAACAGGAUGGAGCCGGCAGCGGCAGCAGCAGGAGCAAAAAUUCGUCACCUACGCCGAAUCAUCACCGAAAUGAGAGGAAAAACCGAACCUCGUAUGACAUUGAUAAUAUUGUCAUUCCGUACAGCGUUGCUGCUGCAAAUAGGGUAGAAAUCCUACAGUAUAAGGAAAUUACAACACCAAAGUGGCGCGUUGUCGGUGAUAACGAAGAAUCAACCGAUUUGGACGGCACCGCCGCGGAUAAAACACUGGACAGUACGGCGGAUUCGGGCAUCCUUAAUACUAGUCAUCCCUCAAAGGCGGCGGAUUCGAGCGAUAAGCUACCCCCGAAAGUACCUGCGGCUGCCAGCAUCAGUAAACCAUCUCAAUCGGUGUCGGCACCGGUUCUACCAUCAUCUGCAUCCGCCAUUUCCAGUGUUAACAAAUCGGCUUCGGAGGGGCAGUUAAUUGUGCUUCCGGCGAUUGACGAGGAGGACAUCUCCGAUGAGACCAUUCUGGUGAAGCACGACCGAGCCCUGCAGGAGGAACGUAAGAAGUUCCAAACGUACAUGAAGUUCCCUUGGAGCAGGCCCCGAGCCAAUCGUCGAAUCGACAGCAGAGCGGAAUCGAGUGGUGGUAACACUCCGGAUCCAACUUCCCCGGCGCCACCGACUCCGCUGGUGGAUCAUGAGUCCAACACGUCUCCUGCAUGUCCUUCAACGCCACUUACGCCACUGGAUUCGUUGGAGCUGUCUGAAACAAACGUGAUCAAUGCCCUCAAUCAGAGCCUAAACAGGAAAGAGCGAAGGCGAACCGUUUCUAGCAAAACGCCGCGAGAGGAGAUUCCGCGCAGUAGUUCGCCAGAUAUUCGAGAGGUAAUUCCUCCAUACGAGCCAUUGCAGUUCCCUCUAGCGGACGAAAUUUACGAGGACAUGGUGCGCACGAUGCCAAGUGACCACCUCGCCCUGGUGGAAGAUGCCAUAAGUAAGCUGACGCGACCGAACCGACCCAACAAUAACGUUCUGCUGAUCAACCGGAACAACCUGAACCUGGCUCCGUCGAGUAGCGGCCAUAUCGAGAACCCUCUAAGUUCGAACCUUUCCACCACGUCGACGACCCUGUCGGCCACCGAGAACGACCUGGACGAUUUGGACUGCGAUGAAGAGGAACUGCUGCAAGCCAAGAAGGUAGAGCACCAAAUCAUCAUGGAGAAGCUGCUUAAGAACUGUGACGAGAACCGAAUGUUUGUCGGGGUGCGGGAAGUGCUGGACGAUGACGAUCCCAUGGAUGACGAGGAAACCGACACUGGCGAAUCACUGUUUGUGGAAGAAGAUGAUCCCAACGAUCCGGAAUGGUACGAUCGGCCUGGACGGGGACGAACGUAAAUUGUUGCCCGCUUUCUUCCAUACGGUUUUGGCCGAGGAAGGCUCUGAUCUCGAUCGCCGCAGGAGUAUGGUUUCUUAAUUUCGUUUUGUAGUUUCAUUCUCCUUGGUCACAGUUUUUGUUUUAAUUUUAAACUUACUAGGUCCUAACUAAUAGCAUUCUCCAGUAGCUGUUUGUACAGGUUAUAAGAAUUCGUGUUUAAGAGAUGUACUAUUGAGGAAACAAAAUAACACUCAAACAGGAAAAAACUACUGAUUAUUUUACCUAUGUCAAAAGUUGUUUCACAUAAGAGACAAUACCCAAACACGAAAUGCGUUUCAGGUACAAUUCAUUUUGAUCCACGUGCACUAAAAACCAACUGUAACGCUAUUUUGAUGCAAAUGCUACAACAUUGGAUUAAGCUAACAAAAAUCUCUCACCACAGAUCGCCGGGCAUUAUCACUACUCUCAACAUAAAAAUUAAGAAAAAUAAUACAUAAUAAUCACAUGGGGAAUAUCCCGACAUCAAAAACAAAUAACAUAUGUUCAACUAUUUCACCAAGAAGAAAAAAAACCUAGUGAUCUGUGUUCAUAAACACAGUAAGUUAAGUAAAAACGAACGCUUAAAACAAAUGGGAAGUGUAUUCUCCAUUCAACCCUCUGUAAAUAUUCCACUCUUAUCAUUGUAAUGCCGACCUCUGAGUCGACGGUUUUUUCGGUUCCCUGCUGUGUUGGAUUUCCCUCUUUUGCUUUCCUCAGGACUAAAUAAGUUUGUAAAUUUCAACUGUAAUUGACAUUGUGAAUACGAGCUAAUGAUAAUAAAUCCUACGAUGCGAUAUUUUUAGCCCUUCUUCUGUUAGUAUGUUUUGUUUUUGUGAAAGAGAGCAAAUUUAAAGUCCCUUUUUGUGUUUGAUUAUUUUAAACUGACAAAUUUUAUCGUUGGCAAGGAUUAAAGAAGCAUCAAUGUUAUAUAUUUUUGCGUUAGGCAAAAUGGCAAAGAAAUAAAAAAUAACACUUGUAGCUGAUAAGAUUUCUAGGGCGAAUCAGACAAAAAGAUAAAAAUGAUAUAAAAAACAUAGCUGUAGAACUACCUGCAGAUUUAAGUGUAAAACUGUAACCAGAACU